AUUUCAGGUGAGAUAUGGGGCCUGUACAUUAAAGCUUGUGUGGAUCUGGUUCAAAUGAAGCUCCCCAAGAAAACACCUCUUCCUGAAUGGAGGAUACACAAACUGCUAGCAGUGUUUGAUGAGGCCGCCAGGAGGGAAGCUGUCACACCAUCCUUGUUUGAGAAAUGGGCGGAGGUGUUAUCCAAUGUCGGCCUCAUAAAGGAACAGAUGAGAGUCUAUGAACUUGCCACUACCCACCAUCCCAUGGUCAUCUCUCUAUGGGUACAGAGGCUGCAGGCCCUCAUUAGGACUGCCCCUCCACAGGACCAGGUUUUGAAGAUAUUUCAUGAAGCAUGUGAACAGGUCCCGAAAAAGGUAAGUCUUGAGAGCCGGGAAGGAAAACACUGCCUUUCACCUUACACACUUGUAGGAGUGGACUUGUAG